GUUUCAGACAAAGAUGAUUUCCGUGACAGCUGUCUUGUGCUUGGUAGCCGUCGCUUCUGCGUUUCCUACAUCUGGCAAAAAAACAGUAAACUUGGACGCCAAAGUGGUGCAAGCCAUAGACUCAAAGGGGGAACAGUAUAAACUGUAUUUUGAAAAGACUGAAGAAAUCUCACUGCCUGAAAACAUCGAAGGAGAUAUUUUCAAGGGCCUGAACCUAGAUAGGAAAAAUCCAGACGUCAACAAAGAAGAUUUGGAGCUGCUCUACUGGCAUCAUGACGUCGAUUAUGCCAUUACUAAGGCCUUUACAUACCUGGACGCAGACCAAAACAAAAAGUUGACCGCUGAAGAACUCAAGGCAGCCAUUGCCGGAGUGAACGGAAAGUCCAUCAAGGUUGCACUCAUUGAGUGCACAUUCUACGUUUCCGCUGGACUCAAGCAAUCCUGUUUGGCAGAUCAGCUAGCUACCUACAUCGCUCUUGUCUUGAACAAAGACGAUGUCGAUAAACUCUUCAAUGCACUUGCAGGGGAUGACAAGAAACUGACAGCAGAGGAGGUGAUUAAAAGUAUCGACACCGAGAUGGCUGCUGAAGAGCUUGGUGCUUACCAUGGCGACCCAAAGGAUGAGGUCACAGAGAAAGAGCUGUCAGAGUACGUCACGCAAGAGACCAUUCAGGACGACUUCAGGAUUUGUAGAACAUCAAUCAAUAAGGCAACUGGAGAUCUUGACUUUGACAUCAAAUGUCUCAUCAAGGAAAUAAAAGAGUACGUCGAGAUGGACCUUACUGAGUUGGACAUCGCAGUUGUGUUCAGUGGUAUUGACGUCAACGGCAACAAGAAAAUUGAUAAUGCUGAGCUGAAACAGUUCAUCGGCGUAGAAGUAACCGAAAAAAUGAUGGACAUGUUGGACACCAAUCCUAAGGACAAGGGAGAUAUUGAUUACUCAGAGUUCCGCACCUACAUGAGGUCACCCACCGUCCAAUACCAGGCUGAAAAUGAAUGUAUUGAGCCAUUGACCAGCCAGAAGGAAGAGAUAUCCUGUGUCUUGGGCUUGCUCAAGGAAAUGAUCAUCGACACACACGACCCCAUCGAUCUGGUCAUGAAUGACCUAGAGAUGCUAAUCGCCUACGAGGCCAUUGAGUCAAAUGAAGACAAGGACAGCGUAAUCUCAAAGAAAGACUUGGAAGACAUUGACCAAGUUGGAGCACCCGAGAUGCAUGAGGCUGCCAUCGUCAGGUUUAUCCACGAGAUGGACUCUGAGGACGAUGACGUCGACGUUGACUUGGAAGAAUUCAAUGAAUACGUAGACCUUCCUCACAUGGUAUACGGAGUAUCUGACUGUCUUCUCGAAAAACGGACUCUCGAGGGACGUGGACAGUGCUACCCAACAGAGGUUACUGACGUAAUUGACAACUUCAAGUACGUGGACUGCGACGCCUGGAAAGAUUUGUUUAAGCACUACGCUGGAGACGAUGACAAGAUCACUGUGGAGGACAAAAACGAGGAGAAACUUAAGGACCAAGAAACUGAACAGAUGUUCCUGGAUGAGGCUGGACAAGGAGGAAAAAUUAUCUCUCUUUUCGAAUUCACAUGGUACGCCAAGCAGCAAGAGCUCGCUGACAGAUACGAGAAGCAAUCUCUGGUCAACUUGCACACUGGUUUGGAGUUCACCACCAUCCAAGAGGGUGCCUACGACAACAUCUUGUUUGAAUACCUCAACAACGACAUGACUGAGUACGACGUAGAAGAGUUGUUUGAUGUACUGGACAAGAACAAUGACCAGGAACUGACAGAUGCUGACUUCAAUAACAACGCAGAUGUCGCUGCCUUGUUGAAAUACAUCGACGGACUUGACGUACACGGAGACGAGGACCAUAAUGUCAACUUUAGAGAAUUCUGGAUGUACAUCAACUCCCGCAACUUCGGACCUAGCACGCAAACCAACUGGUAUAUCAAGGAUGUAUUCGAGGAUGAGUGCACCAAGAAGGAAAAGUCACAGAAGGCCGAGAUCGAUUGCUACGUAAACAAAUUCACCAACCCAAAGGGUGUCUUAACCGUGUAAAAAUCAUCGUCCCUGCGACUUACAAUUGUAUCAUAAGUAGAGUCAAAAUAAAAUCUACUCUGACUUAAAAA